AUGUCUGAAGUACAGGGAACACUGGAGUUUUCUCUAGAGUUGCACAAGUUUCACAAUGUGGAUCUCUUUCAAAGGGGGUUCUAUCAGAUACGAGCGGGGCUGAAGGUCUCGCCUCGAGUGCCCCACAGGCUGCUAGCGACAACGCAAGAAAACACAGGAGAGUGCAGCUUCAGCUCUGCGGGGGUUUACGACGGCACCGUGUUCAGUCGGAUAUUUCAGAUCCUGUACAGAAAUGAGGAGAUUGCGGUGAAUGACUGUAUGAUCUUCAAAGUCCACCUGCUAUUGGAUGGAGAAAGGGUGGAAGAAGCCUUGAGUGAGGUGGACUUUCAGCUGAAGCUGGAUCUUCAUUUCACAGACAAUGAGCAACAGUUGGCAGAGAUAGCGACUGUCCCACUGAUCAGCAGUCGGACCCUCAGCCUCCACUUCCACCCGCGACGAGGCCUCCACCACCACGUCCCCGUCAUGUUCGACUACUUCCACCUGUCCGUCAUUUCCGUCUCCAUACAUGCUUCACUGGUUGCCUUACAUCAGCCGCUAAUCAGCUUUGCACGUACAGGGAAGGGCUCCUGGCUGGGGAAGGGCUCGCCAGAGAGCGCCAGCGACCCAUCUGCCAUGUCUGUAGAGAACCUUGUGUUCGGAGCUGGCUACUGCAAGCCUGUCAUCUCUGAGGGAAGCUUUUAUGUGCCCAGUGAAAAUUGCCUGCAGAGAGCUCAUACGUGGCACCGGCGGCUCUGUCGCCUCCUGCUGGUGGCACACAGAGGCCUGCACACGUACUACACGGCACUGAUGAAGGAAAUCCCACAGCUCCAGCAGAUUCCUCUCAACUCAGAGGAGCUGCCUGUAGAAGAAACUCUAAAUCAGCUGACAAUAGAGUUACAGUUGCAGGAAGGCCAUGAGAAGGUGGCGGAGCAGAUCAGCAGGGACGUGAGCCAGCUCUGCUCCCAGCUGGCUGCUCUGUGGAGCCGCUUCCUGGAGGCCACUGUGCUCAACCCCCACAUCCUGUCCUACCUGGCCCAGGAGCACCAUACGCUCAGGGUCAGGAGGUUCUCAGAGGCGUACUUCUUCACCGAACACCCCAAAGAGAUAUCGCUGACAUUUCAAGAGGAACUAAUCAACAGACACGGCCAGAUAGCUGCAGAAGUGCGGAGUUCAGACUACCUGACCAAGAUGCCUCCUUUACCUGUUGAGUGCCUGGACAUUGACGGAGACUGGAACAGCCUGCCCAUCAUCUUUGAGGACAGAUAUGUGGAGUCUCCCCAAACAGAGUGGGUAACACAUGUGCCAAUGCUUGCAAGCACCGAUGAGCAAACCAACUCAGAUCUCACCAUCACUCCUGCCAACAGGAUUCUUGAAAGCAGCCAGGGAGUCAGAUCACCAGCAAUACCCCAGGAUUCCUUGGACAGUGAUGAAUGCAUGGACCUGCCCACGUAUGUCUCACUCAUGGCAGACCAGAGUAAGAACGUCAAAACGACCCAAAACCUCAAUCCCACUGAGGACAGUGCUGUAUUUUCUCUGGCAGAGGCCGAAAACUUGAAGCAACCAGCGAAGAAGAACGGCCAAGAUGAGAAGAGCUGUAGUUCUGGUCAGAAGUACAUCGCCGUGAAGCCUUGUGAUGUGGAUCCAUGCAGAGGAGAGACUCCUCAGGAUGUCUCCUCAAACCACAAUCCCUUCGUUGAUUCUGCUCACAGCAGAGAGGAGUCCCCUGCUCGUCAUGCAACAGAAAUUAUCCAGCUUUGUGAUGCCGCAAACCACAGCAAUGCAGCGGAGAAUGAAAACAACGAAGAGGAGUCUGACAUUGCCAUGCCUUUAAAUCACUCCAUGGACGAUGAGAGUGAGGAUGUCCCUCUUAGCAGCCUACCCACUGCCUAUAUGCAUCCAGUUAUACCUCCCUUUCCCGGUGAACUCAGAAAAGAGAUGACUCAUCGUGGAGGCUUGGUUGGCUCCAAGAUCAUGAAGCGCUCGUCCUCUGUUAUCUCUGACUCAGGUAUUGAAAGCGAGCCAAGCUCGGUGGCGUGGCCCGUGGAGGUCGCACUGCGAGGUCGGCCUCCCCUGGACUUUUCCAGCGAACGGGAGAUCCCACAGCAAAUAGUGUGUCACCACCCGGUCCACCGCAGCUCUCUGGAAGGCCUGCAGAUGGAGAGCAAUGGCAGCCUUCCAAGUGGGGGUAUACAGGCCUCACUCACCUCUAUCAGUUCCCUGCCCUACGAGGAGGACCAGCAGCAGAGGCAGCUCAGCAAACUCACCAAGUCCGUCUCCGCACCGCAGAUAAGUAGCCCGGAAGACGCAGAGGAGGACCACAUGCUGCUCGGCCAGGAAACGGAGAGCAGGAGCUUAGUGCGACACCAGGAUUCAUGUAGGAUAAACUGUUCUUCUCUGAACAGCAACCUGGAUUCAGAGCAAUCUGAAUUAUCCAUAGACACGAGUUCAGCAGCAAAUCUUGGCCACGUUCUCAAGGAGAAUAUUAGCUCUGAAAAGUCAAAUUCUCCACAGUACCUGUCAGAGACUUACAGAAUCAAGUCGGUGUUAAGUGGUGUGUCUGAAGUGUUGCUCGUACAAGAGUCUGCAGAAAGCCCUCAUGUGAGAGAAAACGCUGUUAUUGGCAGCCACAGGGAGAAUAUGAACCAUCAAACACACAUGAAUGGAGUAAGCGCCUCAGUGGAGGAUGUGCAUCUUGUUGAAUCGGAAGCAGCGCCCUGCAGCUGUGGAAACAAACCAUGUGUGCAUAAAAGUGUGGCAGAUCAGGAGAGUAUUAGCACUGGAGAUGAGUGCCAAAGUUUCCAAAAGAGCAAACUGCUCAGUGUUGAGGAACAGGAAUAUCUGGAUCCCUCGCAGAUACCCAUAAAACCAUCACACCCCGAUGACCUCCCCAACAGUUCCACCACCACACAGAGGCCGAGCGACCUCACGGGGCUGACAGCCAGUGAUAUCGCAUCGUCCGCUGAGCUGAAUGGGAUACCAGCCGGUGAGAAAGAGCCUCUGGACGGCCAGAACAAGCCCUCUAAGAUCCCUAACUCUGGGCUGGCCUUCGUGAACAAGAAGAUGGUGGAGGUGGUGAACAUGUCCGUGUCAUGCGCCCCAACCUGUCUGCCAUUUUCAUCUGUGCUGAGAGACUCCCCCUCCAUCAGUGGAAUGUCCACUCGCCAGGCUACCUCACCGAUCACCCAUCAGCCCCUGGGAUCCUUUGGCAUCAUCUCCUCGUCUUCGCUCAGCCCCUUGAACAUGGACGACGAGACCAAUGAACGGAUGCUAAAUUUCUACAAAGCCAAGGAGGAGCUGUUAAAAGAGCUGAGCUUCCAGGCCAGCUUGUACAGCGACCUUCCUCUGCUGGCAUCAGAUCUGCCCUACUUCCCCCCCGAGGAGGACGACGAGGAGUUUGAUGAUGGCAUACACCUCGUGGUGUGUGUCCACGGGCUGGAUGGAAACAGCGCGGACCUUCGGCUGGUGAAGACGUUCAUCGAGCUGGGUCUGCCGGGAUCCAGGCUCGACUUCCUCAUGUCUGAGAGGAACCAGGCUGACACGUUUGCAGAUUUCGACACCAUGACAGACAGGCUGCUGGAUGAGAUCAUUCAGCAUAUCCAGCUGUACAAUCUCACCAUAGGCAGGAUCAGCUUCAUCGGCCACUCUCUGGGGAACAUCAUCAUCCGCUCGGUGCUGACGAGGCCUCGCUUCCGCUGCUAUUUGCCCAAACUGCACACUUUCCUCUCGCUGUCAGGACCACACUUGGGAACGCUGUACAACAACAGCGCGCUGGUCAGCACAGGUCUUUGGUUAAUGCAGAAGCUGAAGAAAUCGGGAUCCUUGCUGCAGCUCACCUUCAGAGAUCAUGUAGAUCCACGGAAAACAUUCCUCUAUCUCCUGAGUCAGAAACCAGGGCUCCAGUUCUUCAAGAACGUGGUGUUGGUGGCGUCUCCACAGGACCGUUAUGUUCCGUUCCACUCUGCCAGAAUAGAGAUGUGCAAAACUGCUCUCAAAGACAGAACCACAGGGCCCGUGUACACCGAGAUGAUCAACAACCUCCUGCAGCCACUCGUGGAGGCUAAAGAGUGCCGGCUGAUCCGCCAGAAUGUGUUCCACGCUCUGCCCAACACAGCCAACACGCUGAUUGGCCGCGCCGCCCACAUCGCUGUCUUGGACUCAGAACUUUUCCUGGAGAAGUUCUUCCUGGUGGCGGGGCUCAACUACUUCAAAUAA